AUGUCAGUGCAGAUAGGAGCACAAGGGGCCACGACCCCGUUCAGGAACAAAGCGGCCUUUGCCGCCGCCUUCAAGGCCCGCUUUGGAAAUCUCGACGACGAGGUGGCAGCACAAGUAGAGUUGGCAAAGCUCUGCGCGGACAAGUCGGUCCGCAAAAAACACACCGCCGCGGAGUUCUCCACACUAUUCAAGGGUCCGGCGGAUCACUCUGGGUAUGGGGACCUGGAGCUAUGCGACAAGUACCUGAGCGGCAUCCCCUCCCGCAUGUACCGGAAGAUCGAGCUCGAGACCUUCACCACGUGGCAAGCAGCUGAGAAGCACGCCACCGAGGACAAGCCUUACACAAAAUGCGCCGACGCGCGGACUACAGUUGCCUCGGGCUCUACCCAGGCUGCGACAAGCGCCCCCAUCGCAACAACACCCUUGGCAAGUAUAAGUGCCGCUUCAGCGAAAUCCGAGCAAUCGGAGCUGGCGGACUUAAUGGCACAGGUGAAGUCGAUGCGCAAGGAGCUCGAACACUACCGGGCGAUCAAGGAGGAGGGUUUUUGA